AAGUUUGACAAUAUACGUCAAAAGAAAGAUCAAUCAAUCUCAGUUGCGACGAGUUAAUGAAUAAAAUGUUUUGUAAUUAAAUUACGAAAUAAAACUGUUAAGUUUUUCAAAUAAGCAUCGAAAAUAAUAUUCGUGUAGUGCAGCUAAUGUGGUGUAAAAAUGCUUUCUAGAUUCCAUCAUUAUCAUGGUUCUAAUAUAAUUUUAUUUGAAGAUAAUACUGUAGCGUACAGAAAAGCAAGUUUUGCUGAUGGAUUGACUUUCAGCGAAAAACCGCUUCUCCCAGGUGAAAUAUUUCUCGUAGAAAUAGAGAAAACCGAACGAGGUUGGAGUGGUCAUAUGCGACUCGGAUUGACGCUUCUUGAUCCACAGACUGCUGCGCUCGGUGACCAAGGCCUCCCACAAUAUGCGCUGCCGGAUCUCGCAAAUACCGGUAUGUCAUGGAUAUUUCCCAUUUCCAAGUCUCAAAAUAACGUUUUGAUAGAACUUGUUAAUCAAGGAGCGAAUGGUAGACGUGAAAAUGAGGCCCGUAUCUCGGUCUUGGGUGAUGGCCAUAGUGUGAGAACUCCUCGAGGUUAUAUAUCUAGAUCAGUUCUUAAACCGCAAACACUAACUCAGAAUGGAACACCGCAAGGUAUACUGCCUAUGGAUGCUGGUAGUCGCAUAGGAGUUAUGUUUGUUCCAUGUGCAAAAUCAAGUAGAGAGGAUGGUGAGUUAGCUGAAAUGCAUUUUAUAAUAAAUGGCGAAGAUCAAGGACCUUGCACAAAAGCAAUACCAUAUAAAAAUGGUCCCUUACAUGCUGUCGUAGAUGUAUAUGGAACCACAAAACAAGUAAAAAUUGUUCAACUAUAUGGAGUCAAAACACUUCAGAAUGUGUGUAGAGAUGCAAUACUUCAAUAUGUCAAUGAUGGAUCAGUGAAAACAUUACCAUUGCCAAAGUGCUUAAAAGACUUUUUACUUUCAUAGACUUUUGCUAAAAGCAAAUUUUACUUGGUGGUGAAGACAAUAAAAAAUGAAUGUGGAUGAAUUACUAUGUAAACUUUUAAAAAUUCACACAAUAGGUGUUAUUUAUACAAUGAAAUUAACAUAUAAAAAGUUGUUUUUAUG